ACUCGUCUGCUGUCAAAAAAGAAGAAGAAGAAAAAAACUUUAGUCCCAUACCGCGCAGGCGGCGACGUUUCUGGCUCCGGUGGGUUCGCACGUGCGGCGGGGAAGCGAGCGCCGGCGGCCGGCUAGUCUGGGAAGAGGGCAACCGGAAUCGCUUUAGUCCCAUACCGCGCUGAGUUACAGGGAUCCAGAUCAGUUUAUUAGAAUAGACAGUAAGAGUACUAAAGAGUAGAAAAUUCUAGGGCUGGAGAGGGCUGGGGGAGCUAUGAAUCCGAUGUAUAAGAACUGAAAUGCGAUUCGAAGCUAUGUUCCUUCUCCCCCAUUACCCAAUUUAAUAAGCACUCAAUCACUACUCGAGGGAAUGAAUAAAUGCGGGGAAAAGAUUGCUGUCAAGAUGCUUGCUGACAUACCAGGACUCGAUGAUGAGCAAUUUGAGAUGGAGUAUCAACCUUGCGUGUCUUCAGCACCACAAUAUUGUGCAGUUAGUUGGAUAUUGUCUUGAAACUUGGCGAGAAUACGUAAUCUGCAAUGGAAAAAUUAAUCCUGCUCACGGGACAAAGAGGGAGCUCUGCUUGGAGUAUAUGUGUAAUGUGCAUGGAAACUGGAGGAACAGGCUACAGGCUACAUCAAAGUAUGAGUUGGAAUCAUAUUCUGAACAAGCCAGUAUUGAGAUGCAUCGAAAUAGUUUUAAGUUGUCUGGAGGCUGACCGAAGCAAGAGGCUGAGUAUAGGCGAUAUUGUCGAUAAGCUGAAUGAGACUAUGUUUCCAUUUGGUGGAAAUGACCCAGGGUCACUGAUAUCAUUGCUAGAAAAGCUAAUGUCUCUGUCAUGGAGACCGGGAAGAGUUCAACUGGCAAGAUCUCGUGGAGAAUCUCCACUUGACAAUUCCAAGACUUAAUAGCAGCCGAUGUCGACCAGCGGGAGCUAGCAGUCGACCCAUUUGAAGCUUGGGUUUCUACCAAUUAGAAUCACUUGAAAUGUUAAUUUACAAGAAUACCAGUGCAGUCCUCAACAACAGCUCGUAGCAAUGGCUGUGCUGAAGCUUGUAGCAAUGGCCGUGCUGAUCUGCGUGCAUGUCCAUCAUUCGGCCGCUGUCUCCUUCAGCUACUCCUCCUUCAGCUCCGUGGACUUCAGGGAGGAGGAUGAUGCAAGGAUCACUGCCGCCGGCAGGAUCGAGCUGCUCGGCGACGAGUCAGGCGGCCGGGCAAGGGGACGCGUGGUGUACAAGAAGCCGGUGCAACUCUGGGAUGGUGUCACGGGCGAGGCGACCAACUUCACGGCGACGUUCAAUGUGAACAUCACCUCGCUGCCCGGCAGGAGCAGCAGCGCCGUCGGGCACGGCAUGGCGUUCUUCCUCGCGCCCUACAUGCCGGACUUGCCGCAAGAGUCCUACGACGGCUGCCUUGGGCUCUUCGACGAGAGCCUGAUUCAACCGGCACAGCAAAACGGAACUACGGCUCCGAUUCCUUCUGCCAACGCCACUGGCGGCGCUAGGUUCGUCGCCGUGGAGCUGGACACCCACCGUGACGCAUGGGACCCGAGCGGCCGACACGUCGGCGUGGACGUGAACAGCGUCGACUCUCGCGGCAACUACGUCAUCUUGCCGGACGCCAGCCUCGUCGACGCCGGCGUGAUGUCUGUGACUGUAAGCUACGACAGCGCCAUGACGAGCCUGGAUGUCGCCCUUGUCGUCGGAGCCACUGGCGCCACGUACCGCCUUGCCGCCGUCGUCGACUUGCGGAGCUUGCUGCCGGAGCAGGUUGCGGUAGGCUUCUCGGCGGCAACCGGCGACAUGUUCGCCAGCGACCACGCCGUGCUCUCCUGCUCCUUCCACUCCACGCUCGCCACCAGGAACAACAACACUUCUACCUCGUCGUCAAGCAAGAAGGCCACCGUACUACUACACGUCGGGGUCACCGCUGCCGCCGUGCUGGUGCUCCUCCUCGGCCUUACAGUCGGCCUGCUUCUCCGGCGCGCGAGCAGACGUCCGCCUGACAACGAAAAAAAGGACAUGCUGGCUGGCGAUGAGGACGACGACUCUCUCGACGACGACGAGUUCGGUUCCAGCACGGGACCCCGAUCGAUCCCGUACGCUCAGCUAGCGGCGUCGACGGAAGACUUCGCGGAGGAAAGGAAGCUGGGGCAGGGCGGGUCCGGGUCGGUGUAUCGGGGUCACAUGGAAGAGCUCGACGACGGCCGCCGCGAUGUCGCCAUCAAGGUGUUCUUGAGGGGGGCGUCCUUGGAGGGGAGGAAAGAGUACAGGACUGAGGUCACUGUCAUCAGCAGGCUGCGGCACCGGAACCUCGUGCAGCUCAUCGGAUGGUGCCAUGGACGGCGACGGCUGCUGCUGGUCUACGAGCUCGUGCAUCAUGGCAGCCUCGAUAGGUACCUCUAUGGAAGCAAACAGGAGACUCUGACUUGGCAACUUAGAUACCAAAUAAUUCUUGGAUUGGCAUCUGCUGUGCUGUACCUCCACCAAGAAUGGGAUCAAUGUGUGGUCCACGGUGACAUCAAGCCAAGCAACAUCAUGCUGGAUGAGUCCUUCAACACCAAGCUCGGCGACUUCGGCCUCUCGCGGCUCAUCGACCACGGCAUGAGCCUGCAGACAAUGACGGCCAUGGCGGGCACUCCUGGCUACCUCGACCCGGAAUGCGUCAUCUCUGGCAAGGCGUCCACCGAGUCUGACGUGUACAGCUUCGGCAUCACGCUGCUGGAGAUCGCGUGUGGCCGGCGGCCCAUGGCCCCACCCAGCGCCGAUGGCAAGCAGGUGUUCCGGUUGCUGGAGUGGGUCUGGGACCUCUACGGCAGAGGCGCUGCCCUUGACGCCGCCGACCAGCGUCUCGGUGGCACGUUCGACAGGUGGGAGAUGGAGCGGGUGGUGGCUAUCGGGCUGUGGUCGGCGCACCCGGACCCGAAGAUGAGGCCGGCGAUCAGGCAGGCUGCCGAGGCACUGCAGUCGAGGAAAUUCAGGAUGCCGGUGCUGCCGCCCAGGAUGCUCGUUGCUGUGUACCUGCAGCCUUUUGGAGCUUCCACCAUGGAGUAUGGCUAUGGCGGUGACAGCAACACGACCGUCGGGUCGAGCGUCACCAUGCAGUGCUCAUUGACCAGCCAAACGACGGCCACGCAGUCGUCAAACUCCAGCGUGCCGGCCGGCGACAGCUCUCAGUGAGCAGAUGAGUUCAAGAGUGUAGAUUUUCAGUUGGAGGUCUCAAGGCAAGUAAUAUUCUCAUCAAAUUUGUACUACUUCCGACUUAUUUAUAGCAGUCCAGUUGGUAUUGUGAUUGUACUGACAAGUUUUUAUAAAUUCCGUGUGGCCAACUGAAAAUUUUCGUGUGGUGUAUAAGAUAAUGAAUGAGGAUUGAGCAGAGGGGAUGUCUUACUAUGGCACAUUAUCUGUCCGGCCUUAAUUUUUUUUACUGAAGUUUCAGAAAUUUUAUUGAAAGUUCUGGAAAUUUGUUGAAA